AUAAUGUGAGGGUUUGUGGUUUAGUUUGUUGCGCUGUACUUCCUCCAAGACAUAAAGUGAAGUGAAAAAAAGUGACUAAUUGGUAAUAUCUUCAGUUUUAGUCAGUUUCCCUGGACUUCAGUCCCACUUCUGAUCACUGAGGAUGUCCUGUCAGCGUUCUGCGCUCAUGGGAAGUGGGAGGGCAGAGACUCCUGUCUGCCUGAUCCCUCAGAUAGUCCACAGCAUCAGAGCUGGAAGGAGACGUCUCCUUUGUGCACGUUCCACUCGGGAGGGCGGAAAAAACAAAAACCUGCAGAAGGAAAACAAGGAGUCCGGCGGAACCGGUCCUGCUUAGAUCCAACAGACCAGCUUCACCGGCAAGACCAUGACCUUCGAUCACAACCACUCGGUGGACUUCCUGAACGGCACGCCGUGGUUCAUCUACGAGUGCACCAUCGACCUGGACGCCAACUACAGGCGCAUCGCCCUCUUCCUCAUCUACCUGUUCAUCUUCGUGGUGGGCCUGCUGGAGAACCUGCUGGUGGUCUGGGUCAACUGGCGCCGCCGCCACUCGGCCAGCGGCGUGCUCUUCUGCAUCAUCAACGUGAGCCUGUCGGACCUGAUGGUCAUCGUGAUCCUGCCCUUCUUCAUGCUGGAGGUGACCCUGGACAAGGUCUGGCUGUGGGGCGGCUUCCUCUGCAAGGUCACCCACCUCAUCUACGUGGUCAACUUCUACAGCAGCUCCUUCUUCCUGGCCUUCAUGACGCUGGAGCGCUACCUGUCGCUGACCAGGCCGUCCCUGCCCACCCUGCUCCCCGUGGCGGGCCGGCGCCGCUGGCUCAUCUGCGGCGGCCUGUGGCUCUUCUCCCUGUUCCUGGCGCUGCUGGAGAACGUGCACGUGGACCUCCUGGAGUGGGACGAGCCGGGCUGCUACAUGCUGCCCGAGUACAGCUUCACCGAGUGGUUCGUGUCCGUGGCCUUCCUCUGCACCAUCUUCCAGUUCCUGGGCCCGGCGGCCGUCAUCAUCACCUGCAACGUGCUGAUAGCCAGAGCGGUGAGGAGCGCGCCGGACGUGGAGGGCCGGCGGGACGUGUGGCUGGUCCACGUCUACUCCCUGGUGUUCGUGGUGUGCUGGCUGCCCUACCACCUGGUCACGCUGCUGAUGAUCAUAGACGACCUGGACCCCUUCACCUUCAGCUGCAACACCGUGGAGGUCCUCUACUUCUCCUUCAUCGUGGUGCAGGGCCUCUCCCUCUUCCACUGCGUCGCCAAUCCUCUCCUCUACAACUUCCUCAGCAAGAGCUUUCGCCGCAACCUGAUCAACACCGUCCUAAGCCACAUCCCCAGGGAGGGAGCGGCCGAGCAGGUGGAAGUGGCGCCGAAGCCCAACGGGGGCAGAGACGAGCCGGCGAAGCAGCGCCGGAUGAGCAACGCCAGCACCAGCCAGUCCGACGUUGGAUCAUAAGAAAGCAGCCGAGAUCCUGGUCAGGAAUGAGACUUUUUUUUGAUUAUUUUGUUUUUCUUCCCGCAGCAACAUCUGGAAAGAGUCUAAUUCAGCCGCACGCUUCAGACUAGCAGAGGCAUCUAAUGGGCACAACUUCCUCUCACAUCCCACUUCCUGCUUUUCUUCCCCUGCAUGAAUGUCAUCAGGUUUAAGUGGAGCAGGGCAGGCGAUAUUUGUUUCUUCUGCAAAGCGGCUCAGCUCCCACAGGACCUUUAGGCUAACGACUGUAAUCUGCCAACAAAGGGAAGAAUAGUGUCGCGCCAGGAAUGCGCGUAAACAACUCAUCCGCAGUCAGGCGCCUGCAGCUCUCGUGUAUUUCUGAACUGGUUGCAAACGUAUGUUUCAGAUCAAAUCAUAACAUACAUCACUAAGUGCUUAUUUAACACCUCUGAUGUUGUAAUGGUCUCUGUAAAUGGAAUAAAAACAAACUUUAAACAUUUCA